CAAGUGCUCUACCUGUGUGCCUGUUGAAUCAUCUGCGCCUUUUAUACUGUAUCAAAGUUCGGUUCUACAUUGUAUAUUUGGUUAAUAGUUGUCCGUAGUUUUCAACCGCGUGUUUGUGUGACCUCGUUUUCUUUGUGCAGUGUACAUACGUUUGCUUGGAGUGUUCAGUGUGUGGUUUUGUGUGGGAUUUUGUAACUAUGAAUACGUCUUCGCGAAAGCGUAAAGCAGCUGCCCUAAUUGUUGCCAUGCUGCCUGACCUUGUGACUUAAGGAAACAAAACUGUGCAAAAGAAGAAGAGGCCAUGGGUGAAGGCACUAGCACAGGCCCGUCCACAAGUAGGCGCGCAGAGCAGUCUGCUUCCUAUUCUUCGACUGAGCGAUGAAGACUUUAGAGGCUACCUUCGGUUCAGCACGGAUGAUUUCGAGGAGCUGGUGUCCGGUAUCCGCGAGGCUGUUGAGUGCCAAGACACACUGAUGAGAAGUGCAUUAACCGUGGAAGAGCAACUCACGAUCACGCUCCGCUUCCUAGCAACAGGAGAGUCGUUCCACUCCCUCCACUACCAGUACUGUAUUGGGACAAGUACAGUUCACAACAAGGUCAAGAGGGUCUGCACAGCACUGUGUAACUACCUGAUUCCCCGCUACAUGAGGCUGCCAUCUACCAGUGCACAGUGGGAGACAAUUGCAGACAGAUUCUUCUCUCUUUGGCACUUCCCCCACUGCAUCGGCGCUAUCGAUGGAAAACACGUGAGGAUCAGGUGCCCCCCAAAGGCCGGGUCUUCAUUUUUUAACUAUACCACAGCAUGGUGCUCAUGGCGCUCGUCGAUGCAGAUAAAAAGGCCAUCUUCGUGGAUGCUGGGGUCAACGGAAGGUGUAAUGACUCUGUGACCUUUCGCGGUACGAAAGUAUUUCAGAAUCUCGAGAGUGGAGUGUGCAACAUCCCUGAACCUGUUCCACUCCCUGGCCAAAAUGAUCCAACUGCUUUCGUAGUGGUCGCGGACGCAGCCUUCCCAAUGAAAGACUACAUGUUGAGACCCUAUGCACAGAGAGAACUGCAAAGCAAAGCAAAUCGUGUGUACAAUUACAGGCACGCAAGGGCACGACAUGUCGUCGAAAGUUUCUUUGGAAUAAUGGCCUCACGGUUCCGUGUCCUGCUGACCGAGAUAAAUGGACUGCCUGACAAUGUAACACAGAUAAUACUUGCAUGCUGUGCCCUACACAACUACGUGAGCCACAAGGGGAACCAAGGAGCGACAUCACAGUCAACUGGAGUUCUUGAAGACCUGUCAGGAUUUGGCACAAGGGCAUCGGAAAAUGCUCGAACAACAAGAGACAGGUUCAGGGAUUACUUUGUCAGCGAGCGAGGCGCCGUGUCGUAGCAAGAGAAAUACCUAGAUGCACACUAAAAUGUGUGUCCCACAGUGGAAAUGCAUUUGAAACUGCUGGAUUGAUGUGCUCGUCACCCACCACUUCACUGGUCCAUAAAAGUUCAAGCCUCCGUCAUAGUUAUCUUGCAACGUAAGGCCACUACUACUACAUCAUCGUCGGUCAGGACUCAUGUAGGGGAACACCUCCUCCAGUGUGUGCAUGGGACCUGCCUCCCACUUGGAGUUAUCACAGAUGGCUUUGGAACUGCUGGAUUGAUGUGCUAGUCACCCACCGCUUCACUUGUCCAUAAAAGUUCAUGCCUACAUCAUAGUUAGGGCCUGACUUUUUAGGGUUAAACCCGUAUCCGCCCGAUAUUUACCCCCCGAACGAAAUCUGUAAAAUUCGGGUUUAACCCGAAUCUACCCGAAAACAUCCGGGUCGCGUGGCACACUCAUAAGCGUGCAUUAAAAUAAAGUUUGAUAACAUUGCUAAACAUUAGUUCCACGUUAAGACAAAUUUUUAUUAAACAAUAAAAAAUCACCCGAAUUCCUGACGACAGAAUAUGCCGUAACGGGAUUUAACCCGAAUACACCCGAAUUUUCCAAUGAAAAAUAUCGCCCGAUAUUUACCCCCCGAAUUUGGCCAAAAAUAAAACCCGAAAAAGUCAGGCCCUAAUCAUAGUUAUCUUGCAACGUAAGGCAACUACUACUACAUCAUCUUCGAUCAGGACUCAUGUAGGGGAACACCGCCUCCAGUGUGCAUGGUGCCUGUCUCCCGCUUGGAGUUAUCACAGAUGGCUUUUCUUUGAAAUGGAACAGUGAAAGUGCUUCAUCUAAAACUAGUGACCAUGGUGCUUGUUUCAUAACGUAUCAACUUGCGUCAAACCUUGGGCUGGCCUGGAAUCAGCAAAAACAUUGCUAUGUAUUUCGCAUCUUCUAUAAUUACUCAAACGAGGAUUACUGUCAGUGUACUUGUAUUUGUCGCAUAUUAGUUUCUGCGAAAUCUGAAGUGUCAGUAGUUACAAUGAAUAUAAAUUUGACACGAGCAUAACGUGCUGCUUGCCCUGAGGUCGUACUAGGAACAGGUCAUAGUGUUCAUUUUGCAAAAUAACUCAAAUUUCGAAAUGCAGAAUUACAAUUAUCGUUAAAAGAAAAACGACAAGUACAACAUUUCUCCAGUACGAAUUGUCCACACGAAGAAGGAUGUCUACAGUUUUCACACGUUUUCUGAAUCACUCAAGGAAGUUACCUACCUCGAUAUUGCGACAUUGUGUUUAGUCUGGACUACAAGUUCCAUUAAUUGCAAUUUCAGGAUGUCCUUUCGCAACGGAUCCAUACCACGCAGUUCUCCUGCAAUCUGCAUUCCGAAAUAAUAAUCUACGUCCUUUCAAACUCCGGCUCAUUGAGGACUGAAAUCGCCUUGUUCAACAUAUCUUGCUGUGUAGCCACCCUCUUUGUCUUUUUUUUUUAAUCGUUGCUGGAGCUUGACGGGGGGCUUUUCCUUUUUGGAGGUGAUUCCAAGGGAUCUGUCUGAAUUUAUUAAAUUGUCAGCUAUCUUAAUAUGUUUGCUUGUGUGUUUUCAAUCAUGUGCUGAAUAAAAGUUUGCUACCUCGUC